AUGACGCUUCCGCGCCGUUCUUCCAUUCCCUCCAUCCAUGCGAACGCGCAGGGUGCGCGCGCGCGUGGACUCGAGUUUUCACUUACCCCAGAGACGCGAGCCCCAGCGCAUUUGCACACCCCAACCCCCUUUCCCUCUAACGUUCCAUUUUCCUCUCCCACCAUUCUUCACCUUCCUCCUCUCCUGACCGACCAACCUCCGGCGAGCGCUCCGCCACCAUCGCCGCCGCCGCCAUCACUGCCUUCCCCUCUUCUCCCUCCUCUUCUCUCUUACUCCUCUGUCCUCCUCUUCCUCUCCCCCCUCUCACCGUCCCUCCUCCCCUCAGUCUCUCAAACUUCCACCGCGCCACCAUCUCCGCCGCCGCGCCAUCAUCACAGCCGGCAACUCGCCCUCAACCUCUCUCUCCCUCUCACCCACCCAUUUCAUCUCGGCCGCCACAGCAACUCUCGCCGCCGCUCCUCUGCCAUAACCGCCACCGUUGACGGCGGCGCGAAUUCUGAUUCUGUGGCCCUACUCCCGAAUUCCCUUUCCAUUCCUAGCUCCCUUCUGCCCCCAGGUUCCUAUGCAACUUACACCUUUCUGAUGUCGGAUAGAGGAAAAGCCAUAGCCUCUGCUUCCAAAAAAAGGAAGCGCUCCAAGACCCCUACACCCCCACCGUCUGCUAACUAUGCUCGGAACCCGCUGAAUGAGGAGGAGAAAGAAAAUCAGUUACUCCCGUCCACUGAUCCAACCAAAUUUCCGAAUCUCUACUGCGAGCUACGCCUUUCCCGGACUUGGGACGGAUUAACAUCUCGUGGGUCAUGGAAUUUUACUGCAAUUUCUUCCGACCGGGCUUGGAUUCAGUAUUCUUGA